UUUGUUGUUGUUGUUUUGCUUGCUGAUGAUAACGACGAAAUGGAUAAAUUCAAAAUUGAAUAUGAAAGAUUUUUCGAUCAAUUCAAAGAGAAAACAUCGAUUAUUGUACCAGAAACUAUUGAUGAUGAUGAUAUUGGUGAUGAUGAUGAUGAAUCCGAAACAAAACAACAACAACAACAACAAAAUUCCGAAAUAUAUUAUAGUUUUUCAUUUGAUGAAUUUUUAAAAUAUUUUAAAAAAUUUAAAUUUGCUCAUCUGAUCGUAUGGAUAAUACAGAAACAAGAUUCCAAAUUCAUACGUGAAUAUUUUGAUGAAACAACUGAAUUUGUUUUGGCAAAAAUAUCAUCAACAAAUUCACUGGAAUCACGAAUAUUUGCAUUCUAUGUCCUAUAUUCAUUAUGGGCAAUGUUUUGUCGAAUAUAUCCAAGUAUUCCAUUUCGAAUUCGAAUGAAUCAACAAUCAUUAUCGUUUAUUCAAGAUUUAGUCGGUGAUUCAUUGAAACGAAAUCAAUUUGAUAUUUUUAUUGGUUAUCAAAAAAUGAUUAUCGAUGGUGCAUUUGCAUAUUGUCAAUCAAUACAAUUAUUAGGACCAUAUUAUAAAGAUUAUAUUUAUAAAUCAUAUAAAUUACAAGAUGUCGAUCAAACGAAUCCUUCAAAUUUUUAUAAAGAAAUUGAAUCAAAUUUAGAAUUCUAUGAAUCUUUAUUAAACGAAUUUGAUAAUAUUGAUUAUCAAUCUAUGAAACAAUGUCUGACUGAUAUUAAUAAUAAAAAAAAUUGAUUUUUUUAGUUUUAUGUGAUGGGUUGAUACUCUACUAAUUUAAACGAAUGAAGGCAAUGCUCGAAUCAGUUUUUCG